AUGGCUUCUUCUUCUUCUUCUACAUUAACCACCAAACUUGGAAGAAAACGUCGAGUCUUCCUUAGUUUUAGUGGAGAAGACACUCGUGUUGGUUUUACCAGUCACCUCCAUGCUGCUCUGGAAAGGAGAAAUAUCCUGACUUUCAUAGACGACGACCUAAAGCGAGGAGAAGAAAUUUCCGACUCCCUUGUGAAAGCAAUUGAAGGCCCCAUGAUUUCUGUGGAUCCAUUUGAUGUACGAAAGCAAAGUGGAAGCUUUGGAAAUGCAUUUACUGAACUUGUGACGAGGAAAACUUUGGAGACGGAGGAAGAGCGGUGCUUCAGAGCUGCUUUGAACGAAGCUACCAAUAUAUCUGGGCAUGACUCACGCAAGAUUGAGUCCGAGUCUAAAUUUAUUGAAGAAAUUGUUAAAGAUAUCUUCAAUAAGUUGUCCAAAAUGUUCUCCAUUCACCCCAUGAAUCUUGUGGGAAUUGAUGAGCGCCUAAGAAAAAUUGAAUCUUUUUUGGAGAUGGAGUCACAAGAUGUUCGGAUUGAAUUGGCUUAUAGUAUUGCUAGUGAGGAAUCUGAGAAUCCUAGAAAACGCAGCAGGCUCGUUGAUCCUGAAGAUAUAUAUAAUGUAUUGAAAAAAAGAAAGUGUUUUCCAAGGAGGAUUAAUUCAAAGAAUAUCAAACGUCUUUCAUUAAGAGAUUGCUCAAAUAUCAAGAAGGGUACAAAGAUUUCAAGGGAUAUGGAAGUUGUAGAUUUAAGUCGGACUGCAAUACAAGAACUUCAACAAUCAUUUGGUGAUGUGAGGGCAGAGCUUUUUCUAUCGGGUUGCUCACAUAUCGCCAAAUUUCCAGAGAUUUCAGGAAAUAUGAGAAAAUUAUGCUUGGAUGGGACUUCUAUUGAGGAGGUGCCUUCAUCAAUCCAGUUUCUUUCAAAUCUCCGACAAAUUCAACCAGCAUUUCUUAAGAAGAUGAGUGGUGAUUUCUACUCUCUCUAUUCCAGCAGUUUUGGUGAGGGUCCGGGUGAUGAGACUAGCUAUGAGGAUUUGAGAGACGACGAAAAGGGUCAAAAACUGCCUAAUCCAAGGCCAGAUUCAUUGUUUUUUCCUAUAGUUAAUCUGGAGUUGGUGACCCCAAGUCCAAAUCUGACAUGGUGUGAAGAAGGUAUCUUAAACCACCCCAAUAUAUGCCUACGCUAG